GAUUUGGAACACAUUUGGGGAGCGUCAGCCACGCCGUUUUCGUGUUUUGAUUGAAGGUUAGUUGAUUACCCGAGCGAUUCCGUAACUGGCCGAGGAUUGCCGAAUCAUCUGUCCUGCCCGGACUGCUGGAAGCGGCCGCAACGCCAUGUUGGCGAAGUCUCUCAUCUAUGUGCGAAAAAAAUGAUAGAAAACACACUUGCCGAGAAGAAAAGGUAGAUCGCCGAGGGAGGUUGAAGAUCGCGGCGAUUGUUUUUUUUUAAAACAGAAACGAACCGAGCCGGAUCCGCAGAGGUUCCGGACGGGUGAGGGAGGCUAAACCUCCCACCGUCCCCAUGAAUAGCACCGCUGAUCCUAACAGCGACUUUCCAUGAAAAAAGACGUUUGUGUUGCUAUUCGAGCUUCGUUAUCCCAGUUCGUUAAAGGGAUUUUGGGGCCUGUUUCAAGAAUCCGCAACGCUUGCUCUAUGUAUGCAGGCUAGGCGCUGUUUGUAUCAGUAUUUAUUAAGAUAUUGUUUUUAUUUGUUAUUGAUUUUUUUGCGAUGAGUUUGCCACCGAAAGUGGUCCCCAAACCCGCCGCUGUCGCAGUUAGCGGACCUGGAAGUGGCCCCUCUUCGUCGAGCCAACUGCGGGCUACCCUGACCUCCGUGUCUCUGCCGCCGGGAGCCCCAACUGCUCCUCAGCCCGGCGCUGUACAGCCACCUCAGUAUCCUUUGACAAUCCCACGGGUUCAGCCAUCACUGGACGAACGAAUCUUCCCUACACAGCCUGGAGUCGCUGCAGUCUACAGCGUGUCCAGGCAUGGUCCUUCUUACCCUGCUCACGACAUCACAAAGGGACACACUAAUUUGGCGGGAACCCCGCCUGGUCAUGCCCAUUCCCCAGCGCUCUCUCAGGUAUCAGUACCCACAGCUUCUCCAUAUCGCUACCCUAAGGGCUGGGAGGCAGGCGGAGGGUCUCCAUACAACCCUGGGCAAAAUGCUGGCUCCACACCUUUAGUGUACUCUCCCCAGACGCAGCCAAUGAAUGCACAGCCACAGAGUCGCCCGUUUGCUACGGGCCCUCGACCAACCCACCAUCAGGGAGGAUUCAGGCCCAUCCAGCAGAGACUGAUAAUGACUUUUCCGUUUUUUCAGAGGACUCAAAUGCAACCUGCAAGGCCCACCAUCCCGACGAACACGCCCUCGAUACGGCCUGGCUCACAAGCUCCCACAGCAGCCGUCUACCCCACUAAUCAACCAAUAAUGAUGACCAUGGCGCCCAUGCCUUUCCAUUCCCCCCAGGCUGCACAGUACUACAUCCCACAGUACCGCCCCAGUACACCCUACGUGGGACCUCCUCAACAGUAUUCUGUACAGCCCCCAGGGUCUGGCACCUUCUAUCCUGGACCAGGGCCAGGGGAGUACCCAGCCCCAUAUCCUGGUCCACCCUACUACCCAGGACAGUCUGUUUACCCCCCCUCACCCCCUAUCAUAGUGCCUACACCACAGCAACCUCCACCAACCAAGCGUGAGAAGAAAACAAUCCGUAUCCGUGACCCCAAUCAAGGUGGCAAGGAUAUCACAGAGGAGAUCAUGGCAGGGGGUUCAGGGAGCAGGAAUUCAACGCCUCCUGUCGGUCCCCCCUCCUCUACACCAACCCCACCACAGUUUUUAUGGCCGCACCCUCAUUAUCCUCACAUUUUCUACCUCAAAUCGCAGCAGCCGAGCAGCAGCCAGACUCCGGAGCAGCAGCAGCAGCAGUCGCAGCCUCAGCCUCAGCCUCAGCCUCCUCCGCAACAGCAAACCCAUCCUGGAAACUACACGUUGGAGUCACCACAACCACCGCAGUCCCAACAGUCUCAACAGCCCCAGCAGCCACAGCAGCCGUUGACAGCUGUGGCUUCAGACACCAAACCAGGGCCAGAUGACUUGCCAAAAUUGGAGCCAGUUGCCCAGAAGUCUUCCUCACCUGGGCUUGUGCAGCCUGACGCUCCCUUGGAGAGACUGGAGGCCAAUACUCCUGCAUCUGAGCCCUCUCCUGCUCCCGAGCCCGAGCUUCCCUUCCCUGCUUCUCUGGCACGCCCUGUCACUCUCCCAGUUGCAGUCGCCAACACUAGUGAACGUCCCUCAGCCAGGGAGUCCACUACUUCAGCAUCUUCUCACAGCGCCUCCUCCUCUGCUGGGGAGAGCAAGCCCUCUUUGGCACCACCUCAGAUGCCCAACACAGACAAGCCUCUUUUAGAUGCCCCACGAACUUUAGCUGCCUCUCCAUCGCUGGCACCCAAGGCUUUGAACGGCCUUGCAGACUCUGGGACUGAGCUGGACACUCAAGCUCAUGAGCCUUCUCUCCAGCCCCAGGCCUCUGCUCCUGCUUACAGAGAGCUCUCCUCCUCUGAAACGUUGCCCUCUGAUGUGAGGCCAGAGGUGCCCAUUGCUGCUACGCUCUCCCCUAUGGCACCUGUGGCUGUGGUGCCAGUCACCCUGACCUCAAGCCCUGUCCCAACUCUGCCAGUUAUGCUCCCUCCUGGCCUUCCGCCUCUAGUGCAGGCCACAGCAGAGGCUGAUGAGCUGAGCAAGUCCUUAGACACUAAAGACCUCAUCUCUAGAGGAGGGGCAGAGGCACACGCUGGUGUUACUGACAGCAAAACAGAGUCCCAGCAACAAGCACUCACCAGGAAGAGUCCUAUUACGGUUAAUCAGACUGCUUCUGCAAUACCAAAGACCUGGAGAAAACCAAAUGAAGGGACCUCUACUGGAGAUGCACCUCAAAAUGUGGAUGAGGAUGAGUCUAAGCCAGUAGAUCAGCCUGCUGGAGACCAGGCUGUGCAGUCAGCUCCUCUGAGCAGCAGCCCAGCGCCCCUACCAUCAGCCUUCACCUCUGCCCCUGCUCCUGCUCCUGGUAGCAGUCUAGAAGCUGAUGGAAAGUCCACUGCUCCGGAGGAAAAUGGUGAAGCAGAGUUGGAGCCAAUCAGGAACGGAGCAGGCCACACCUCGGAGACGGAGAGCAGCGACAGCGGAGCCACCCCUGGAGACAAGGAGAACUCCACUGGAGCUCCUCCAGACAUGGAAGACCUGACUGAACCCAGUGGGAAACGUCAGUAUAACAGAGAGUUUCUGUUGGGCUUCCAGUUCAUGCCUGCCUGCAUACAGAAGCCUGAAGGGCUCCCACCGAUCAGCGAUGUGGUGCUGGACAAGAUGAACCAAAACAAGCUGCCGUCUCGAGCGGUGGAUUCCAGGGUGAUUUCCAGAGGACCCGAUUUCACACCUGCUUUCGCAGAUUUUGGGAGACAGAUGUCUGGAGGACGAAGCUCUGCGAUAAUGAGCAUUGGGCAACGACGGCCUCCACCCAGGAAGAUCAUCAUGAACGUGGUGGUGAAUGAUGAUGUUCAGCUAAAAAAAGCAGAGAAUGCCUGGAAGCCAGGCAUGAAGAGAGAGAGCCUCGCAGAGGAUCCAGAGAUUCAGAAAACACAGGAGCUCUUCAGGAAAGUACGGAGCAUCCUGAACAAGCUGACGCCUCAGAAGUUCAACCAGUUGAUGAAGCAGGUAACAGACCUGACCAUCGACACAGAGGAGAGACUCAAAGGCGUCAUCGACCUGGUCUUCGAGAAGGCCAUCGAUGAGCCCAGCUUCUCCGUGGCUUAUGGAAACAUGUGCCGCUGCCUCGCCACGCUCAGAGUGCAGAUGACAGACAAACCCAACACCACAGUGAAUUUUCGCAAGCUGCUGCUAAAUCGCUGCCAGAAGGAGUUUGAGAAAGACAAGGUGGACGAUGUGGUGUUUGAGAGGAAACAGAAAGAGCUGGACUCUGCUGCAUCGGUGACUGAGCGUGAGCGACUUCAGGAGGAGCUUGAGGAAGCAAAGGACAAGGCCCGGCGGCGUUCAAUCGGCAACAUCAAGUUCAUUGGCGAGCUUUUCAAGCUCAAGAUGUUGACAGAGGCCAUUAUGCAUGACUGUGUGGUCAAGCUGCUCAAGAACCAUGAUGAGGAGUCCUUGGAGUGCCUGUGCAGGCUACUCACCACUAUUGGCAAGGACCUUGACUUUGAAAAGGCAAAGCCCCGGAUGGAUCAAUAUUUCAAUCAGAUGGAGAAAAUCGUCAAGGAGAGGAAGACUUCAUCUCGGAUACGGUUCAUGCUACAGGACGUUAUAGACCUGAGAUUGCACAACUGGGUCUCCAGGAGAGCUGACCAGGGCCCGAAAACAAUUGAGCAGAUCCACAAAGAGGCUAAGAUUGAAGAGCAGGAAGAGCAGAGAAAAGUGCACCAGCAGCUGCUCUCCAAGGACAGCAAGAGGCGGCCAGAUCCACGAGAUCAAAGAGAUCAGCGUGGGCAGAGAGAAGAGACCUGGAACACUGUGCCUAUGACGAAGAACAGCAGGACCAUCGACCCCAACAAGAUCCCAAAGAUCUCCAAGCCUCAGAUGGAUGAGAAGAUCCAGCUCGGCCCACGGGCUCAAGUCACAUGGGUGAAGGGCAGCAGCGGAGGAGCCAAAGCCAGCGACUCGGACCUGUCACGGACAACUGGCCUGAACCGUUACUCUGCACUGCAGCCGACACCCUCACCUCAGCCCUCCACUACACCUCCCCAGAACCCAGACUAUGACUCCAGGAGAACUCUGGGAAGUCGUGCCAGUACAGGCAGAGAGCGCAGUGACAAGCCACUAAUCUCUGCAGCGCCAUCAGCACGGCCCGGACCGUUCGUCAGGGGAGGAAGUUCUAAAGAGCUGCUGGAAAGUCAGAGCCCAGAGGAGCCGCGAAGAGACCGCGAGCGAGAGGGAGCCGAGCCCCGGAGACCAAGUGUCACUGAGGACAAAACGGAGAUGGAGCGCAGCAGAGUCAGGGAGCCUGUGAAACCUGAGCCAGUGGUCCAGACCCCAGACAGACCAGCCCUGUCUGAGGAGGAGAUUGAGAGGAAGUCCAAGUCUAUUAUUGACGAAUUUCUACACAUAAACGAUUACAAGGAGGCUAUCCAGUGUGUGGACGAGCUUGACUUGGGCUCCCAGCUUCACAUCUUUGUGCGCGUUGGGGUGGAGUCAACCCUAGAGCGCAGUCAGAUCACACGGGACCACAUGGGCCAGCUCUUCUUCCAGCUGGUGCAGCAGGAAAUCGUGCCCAAGGCCCAGUUCUACAAAGGGUUUGCAGACACGCUGGAGCAAGCGGACGACAUGGCCAUCGACAUUCCUCACAUCUGGCUGUACCUGGCUGAGCUGCUCAGCCCUGUGUUGAAGGAGGGGGGCUUCUCUAUGAAAGAGCUCUUUAGUGAAUUAAGCAAACCCUUGCUUCCUGUGGGAAGAGCUGGGAUCCUUAUAUCUGAAAUACUGCACUUACUAUGCAAACACAUGAGCCAUAGGACUGUAGGUUCUUUAUGGAGGGAAUCUGGCCUCAACUGGACCGACAUUCUUCCAGAGGGAGAGGAUGUCCAGGCCUUCAUCUUACAACAGAAACUCCAGUUUCUUCAGUCAGACAGCUCCAAUCCUGAGGCAGCUCUGCCCGAAAGGAUCUUGUCUCCUGAGGAGAUGAGCCGGCAUCUGGAGAGACUCCUCCUGGAGGAUAUGGCCAGUGACGAGCAGAUUUUUGACUGGGUGGAGGCAAAUCUAGAUGAAACACAGAUGAGCUCGUCUCCCUUCCUGAGGGCUCUGAUGACAGCUGUGUGUAAGGCAGCAGUGAAAGAUGAUAACACCAAUUGUCGAGUGGACACGGCCAUGAUCCAGAGGAGAUUGCCUGUAUUACUCAAGUACCUUAACUCAGACACUGAGCGACAGCUGCAAGCACUUUAUGCACUUCAGGCGCUGAUCGUUGCCCUCGAUCAGCCUCCAAACCUCCUAAGGAUGUUCUUUGACUGCCUGUAUGAUGAGGACGUCAUCUCGGAGGACGCUUUCUACAAGUGGGAGUCAAGCAAAGACCCGGCCGAGGAGCAGGGCAAAGGCGUGGCCCUGAAGUCCGUCACGGCCUUCUUCACCUGGCUGCGCGAGGCAGAGGAGGAGUCUGAAGAUAAUUGACGAGGGAGACACCCGGGGACGCGACUUAGUAGAACUGUAUCCUCGCAGCAGAACAAACUUUCAAAAUGGCUGCGUGGGCAGGACGACAUGUUUACGGCUGGAAUUUUUUUCUGCGGUACGGUUCUGAAACAUGCCGCCAUUUUGAGUUUGGAUUCCAACGGUGGAAGCACUAAAUACCUGUAUUAUACAUAGAAAAUAUUUUUGUUUUAAAUUUUAACUUACUUUUCUUUUGUUACUUUUUAAGAAGAGACUUAAAAGAUACAUAGGUUCUGGACUCUUUAAUUUAUUAUUUUUUUAAGGACUGCAAAUAUGAAAGUUAUUUAACAUUUGCAGAUGCUCACAAUGAGAACAAGACGGCAGAAAUAACAAUAUAAUUAAUUAUAAUAACAAAAUAAUAAUUGUGAAAUAAACAGCCUCCCCGGAUUCCACGCUGUUUGGUUUAAAACAGAGUAAAGCAAAAUUAUUUUGGGAUGAAGGGGAAGCAAAGAUUAAAAAAACAAAAAAAAAAAAGAGGAGUUGAAUGCACAGGAACUAUUAACAUUGUCCAAGGUCAAAGGUUAUCUUGUAAUAACCAAGAAGUGUCUCCCUGAGCCUUGGCUUGCUCUGCAUUGAUAUGUACAUACACCUCAUGAGAGGUAGAGGUAUGCAUUCAAGAAGCGAUGCAAGUCCGAACUGUCACACAAACGUAGACGAACAAACCAGAUUCAUUCAGAUGGAAUGAGCAACUUCAAAAGCAAAUGGCCAGAGUCGCUGAACAUGACAUGCUUGUAACACUUCAGACCUACAGAGCAGAUUAUAGCUUGUAAAUACAUUAAAGACAAAAAAAGGUAUUUAAAAAAGUGCUUAUUCUC